CAACAAUUGGCAAUUUUGGAGCCGAAACUGACUUUAAUUUGGAAAAUGCUAAUAAGAAAGCUGAAACCCAUAUCGGAGAAACCCCCACCGAACAAGAAGCCCAAACGGAAAGAAUGUUUAAAAGCACUUUUCGGAACUUUUUAGAUAAAAGCAUCGAGCCUAGCAUGUUUAAUGCCAAUACUAUCGAUUUUCAUUAUUCCUUAGGAGAAUUUUUUAAUCGGAUGACCGACCCAAUACUUUUUUAUCGAGUAGAGCAUAGUGAAUUAUUAGCCAAUCGUCUUAAUUGA